AUUUUGUAUCAAGCAUUCUAUUUCGAGAAACAGGCAUUACACCUUUUUUUUUCAGUUAUUUUGAAGUUGCUUGGAUGAAACACGAAAAGGGGCAAGUUGGGAGUAAAUUAUGGGACAAGAUUGCUGGUUAAUUACUAGAUUGUUGGGGGAUUGUUGUGAUUGUUUCAGUAGGGUCGAUUAGGGCAGCAGAGAUGCCUCCUUCUCCAGCAUUUAGACACUCUCCACGGAAGGAACUGAGAGGGGAAACCCACAAAAGAUGGCGUAGUUUGGAGGGCGGGUUGUAUGUACAAGAAAAAGAUGACGACCUUGCAUUGUUCAAUGAUAUGCAGUCCAAAGAAAGGGAAUAUUUUUUGCUUCAGUCCUCGGAUGACUUGGAAGACUCAUUUUCUACAAAACUGAAAUAUUUUUCAGAUUUCAAGCUUGGAAUAUCUGUUCCUGUUCGAGGGGAGACUAGUGAACUCCUUGUUGCAGAUGAAGAGAAAAAUGACUAUGAAUGGUUAUUAACUCCACCUGACACCCCCCUUUUUCCUUCGUUGGAUGAUGAGCAACCUCCAGCUAACAUUGCUCGUAGGGGUAGACCUCAGACUCAACCCAUUUCCAUAUCAAGAUCAUCCACAAUGGACAAGAGUUACAGAAGCAGUAGGGGCAGUCCAAGUCCAAAUCGUUUAAGUCCAUCACCUCGGUCUGGGAGUAGCACACUUCAAUCUCGAGGAAGACCAUCUUCAGCACCUCAGUCCAGUCCAAUAAGGCAACCUACUCCAACUCGGAGACAAUCUCCUUCCCCUAGUAAAAGUUCAGCACCCGUUCGAAGGUCUUCUACACCUACUCCUCAAAGGACAAGCACAGAGGGAAGGGGAACAUCUCCUAUGAGGACAAGUAGGGGAAACUCUACAUCACCAAAAAUAAGGGCAUGGCAGUCAAAUAUCCCCGGUUUCUUCUUAGAUACACCGCCCAAUCUUCGUACUUCUCUGGCUGAUCGACCAGCAUCAUAUGUGAGGGUUUCCUCCCCUGCAUCUAGAAAUGGAAGGGAUGCAAGAUUUGGCAGGAAAUCGAUGUCGCCAACUGCCUCUAGAAGUGUCAGCUCAUCUCAUAGUCAUGAUCGGGACCAAGUAAGCUCAUACAGUAAAGGAUCUAUAGCAUCAUCUGGUGAUGAUGAUGUAGACACUCUACAAUCUAUUCCUCUUAGUGGAUCUACCCUUUCUGUUUCAAGGAGGCUUGACACAUACACAAAUAACAAGGGGCCAACCCCCUUUAACAAGAAAUCAGCUAGAGUGUUUUCACCAAGUUCUGCUCCAAAUCAUUCCUUUGAUUCUGCUCUUCGCCAAAUGGAUCAUCGGAAGAGUCCUCCAAAUAUGUUCAGACCUCUAUUAUCUAGUGUUCCAAGUACCACUUAUUUUGUUGGGAAGGGCAGUUCUGCACAUCCUUCUUUGAUGUCAAAGAAUUCAUCUGUUGCCACCAGCCGUAAUGCAAAUUCUGAUCAAGGUACAAGUACUUUGUUUGAUACUGAAGGAAGCGACCAAUAUGAUGACAUGGCAAGUGAAUGCAGAAGGGGACCUUAUGUCAGUGUUCUAGAAGAGGUUUUUGCCUUCGAUAAGAUGGAUGUAGUAAACCAGGAUGCUAGCUAUGAAAGAUGUAAUAUUCUUGUUGAAGAUGCUGAUAGAGACUCUGCAAUGCAAUGUGACCGAGGCCACUCUGAGGAGUUAAGUCACCAUGGUCUUGAAGUGGAAAUGAGUUCAAAUUCUGAUGCUCUGUGUGACAGGGGAGACCUUUCAGAAGUUGAUAGUUUUGAGAAUGCAAAAAUUUGUUCUAAAUGUGGUUGCAGGUAUCGUGUUAUUGAGCAGGUUGAAGAAGAAAUCAGUCUUUGCACAGAUUGCAGUAGGCAACAUGAUGUAAUCGCUGGUGACAUUUCUGAUGCAGUGAAUUACCCAGGGUUGUCUAUGAGAAUUUCUGAAGAGGAUAAACCCUUUCUCGGAUUGUCUGGUUCACCAUUGCAAGUUACUGAUGCACAGUUGAAUUACUCUGAUGAACAUUCUGGUUUGAAGGUUAAUACAUCAGAAGUUGUAGGUAUUUCAGUGCUGUUAAAGAGGUCAGGCAGUAGCAAGGGGCCUGUUGUUCUAGGUAGGACCUUUGCUACCCUUCCAUCAGAAGAUUUUUCUUAUGCAAGAGACAGUUCUAACAGUUAUAGAAGCUCUGUUGGACAUGGAAGUGUCUCUGCAUCAUCCUCUGUCGAAUUGGGCUCAUGUAGGCAAACAGAUACAUGUGUACAAUUGAAUGGUAGAAAAUCUGAGUUGCAGAAUUACAGAUAUGACGUGAAUGCAAAGCCUCAAAGCUUUACUUUGUCUCGAAGUUCAAGCAAUAAUUACCAAGCUUUAAGUCUUGCAUCUAGUAUGAAUGAUGAAAACUUUGAGGGUUCUGUUCGUAGUCUGAAAUUUGAGGAGGCAGAGGAAAUAGCUGGAGUUUCUCUAGCCAAAGCUUCAGAAAAUUCAGAGGCAGAUUCAUCAUUCCCUGCUGCUGCCGUUCCCAAAACUGAUGGUAUUGAGUGGAAUGAAAGUACGCAAGUAACUGAUACUUCAACCUCUGGGCCAUCAGAGGACAAUACAGCAGCACCAUUUCAUCCCAAUGACUAUAGUGUUUCAUAUGAAAAUGGAGAUAACUUACCAAGUAAUGCCAGGAUAGCCUCAAGUGUUGAAGCAUUAGCCACCACUCUGGAUCCUACUCUUGAAGAACAUGGUAUGCGAAAUGAUACUCCUGAUGGUAUAGAUGCUAUUGAGGCUGCUGGCCACAGCUCUUUGACUACAAUCUCAGAAAUUGAAAUUGAUAAUUCUUGUCGGAGUUCCUGCAGUUCAGAACUUGAUGGCUUGCCUCCAAAUUCGGGGAAGGAAAAGAAGAUAUCCUUGGAUCUUUUAGAUGUUAUACCUUUAAGUGUGGAUGUUACUGCUUCUGUUGAGGAGCAUAAUAUCUCAGAUCACGCAGAUGGUGUUUUAGAGGAAUCAACUGUCUUGGUAGAAUGUCGUGGAGGAAGUAAGGCCCGAAGCCUGACACUUGAAGAAGCAAUGGACACAAUACUUUUCUGUAGUUCCAUUAUCCAUGAUCUUGCCUACGAGGCUGCAAGCAUUGCCAUUGAAACUGAAAGUUCAGUGCCAUUGGAAGGUUCUAGGCCAACUGUGACGAUCUUGGGGAAAUCCACUUCUGACAGGAAAGACCUACGGGGGCGAACUGUUGGUAGAUGGACUUCGAAAUCUCAUAAAGUCAGGCACAGGCAGGUAGAAACUGGUGUAAAAUCCAUUCCUACCGAGACUGUAAAUGACGAAAAUGCCUAUGAACCUUCAAAUCACAAUGUUGAUAUUCCUACUAAGAUGGACAGUAUGAACCCUCCAAAGCUAGAAUCCAAGUGUAACUGCUCUAUAAUGUGAGAAAGUUUUUCAGUCA